UUCAGUACAUGCUUGAAUUAUGUCAAAUAUGGAUGUAAAGUUUGACUGUAGGAGAGUUCUUUGGAUUGUAGCUGUCCACUUUCUCUUUCAGCUUAACUUAGCUGAGGCGUGUCCUCCAAUGAAACACCAGGAUUUGCCGACAUGCUGGAACACUGACCCUUGCUGUGUAGUGGAGCCUAGCUACAUCAUUGACCAGUACGGGUUUGGGUGUUUCCGAGGAUGUGUCAAAAAGUGCUCUGGAAAGAACUGCAUGAAUCCAUGCUUAUUCAAGAAUUUCGAUUUAGAAAACUGCAUCAACACAGAUCCCCUCCAUUGUGACAUAAGCCCUAUCAUGGAAUGGGUCAAAGGCCAGCGUUGCUUCAGCGGGUGCACGAAGUAUUGUGAAUAAUAAAACGUUCGCGUUGAUUUUCAAAACAUCUGGGGUUUUCCCCUUGUAAUGUUUCAAUAAGGAUUGUAUAUAAUGAAAUGUUUGUUCCCUGUUGUCAAUACGAAUACAGUAUACUGAUUUACAUCAUU